AUGAAAUUUUUAAUCCUGUUAUGUUUGGUAGGAGCUACAUGGUGUAAGGAGCCAAUUUUUCAUGACUAUCAUGAGGAAGUUGGUAUACCUGAAGCAGCGAGGAUUAGGAAGGUGGAAGAAUCCAUUGAUUUUGACGGCAGGAUCAUAGGAGGUAGUGCGUCGACGCUGGGAGCCCAUCCUUAUAUGGCUGGUCUGAUCAUCCUCCUAACAACGACCAGCGAAUCGGCAUGCGGAGCGAACCUCCUCUCAAACACCAAGCUGGUCACCGCUGCGCACUGCUGGCGAAGCCGUCAGAACACUGCCGUACAGUUCACAGUGAUCCUCGGGUCUGUCAGACUGUUCUCUGGGGGUGUACGGUCUGUUACCAGUAGAAUAGUCAUGCAUCCACAGUAUAAUAGAGAGAAUUUGAGGAACGAUGUCGCGGUUAUCACAAUUAAUCAUGUCGCGUAUACGAAUGUAAUCGGUCCGAUAACAUUAGCGAGCGGUAGUGCACUGUAUACUAAUCAAUGGCCCACGGCAGUUGGGUUUGGACUAACAAGCGAUACGGCUGUAGUAUCCCAGAGCUCGGUCCUCCGCCAAGUGAACCUUCGCGUGAUAUCCAACGCGGAAUGCCGAGCUACAUACGGGUGGGAUAGCGUCGUGGAUUCCUCUCUAUGUACCGAUGGAGGGAGGGGCACGGGCACCUGUGGGGGGGACUCCGGUGGUCCCUUGGUGAUUGGCAGUGGUACUGCGCGACGACUGAUUGGCAUCACUUCAUUCGGCUCUUCACGCGGCUGCCAAGUGGGUGCUCCAUCCGUGUUUGCAAGAGUUACCUGGUUCAAUUCCUGGAUUCGUGGACAACUAUAAAUAACUUUACCUACUUUACAAGUUAUCAGUUUUCAAUACAUUGAUAAUGUGGACUUUGA